AUUGGUGGUUGAAUUCCCCUUUAAUAUGUAUUAACUCGACAGAGAAGUAGUUGAAUUUUCUUCAAUUUUACUCAAAGGAUAUUAAUUAUUCCUGCAUAGAUUGCAAGGAGAAUAAAUUCCCUCCUUGUCAACAAUUAUUUUCCUUCACUAUUUCAACCUUUUUUCUAUAAAUGAGAGGUAACCUUUUAGGAUUUUUCAUAAUAAUAUUGGCUGAAAACCACAAACAAAACCACAGACAAUGGAACAAACCUCAUUUUCCAGUGACAAUGAACAAUCCCAAGAGGCUGAAGAGGAGGAAGAAAGACGUUACUUGCCCCUGUAUAAAGCAGCACUGAGAGGUGAUUGGAUAACUGCAAAGAGAAUUUUUGAUGAUGAUCCUGCUGCAGUAACUGCUAAAAUUUCAGGCAUUGGAGAGAUCACUCUUCAUGUUGCAAUAAGCAGAGGUCGCUCAUCCCUAAGGUUCAUACAAAUGCUUGUUGAGUUAAUGCCUGAACAUUCCUUGGAAACGACAAAUAUUCAUGGGGAAACACCUCUUCAUUAUGCUGCUAUUGCUGGUAAUAUUCAAGCAAUAAGUUUAUUAGUGGAAAAGAAUCCAGCCCUGCUGCAGAUAGUAAACUUCGAUGGCCUUACCCCACUUCAUUUUGCUGCUCAAUGUUGCCACAAGGAAGCAGUUUCCCUUCUUUUGUCAAUGACAGAUCUAAGUGCAUUAUCAGGCACAAAUGGCGUCAGACUUGUCAAUCUUCUCAUAAUUGCUGAAUCCUAUGAUACGGCUUUUGAUCUGCUGCGGAGAUACCCCGAUUUGGCUAUUGGACGAGAUGAUCAAAGGGUAACUGCGUUAGAGACGUUGGCAAGAAAGCCUCAUGCAUUCCCAAGUGGAAGCAAGCUUGGGUUUUGUGAACGCCUAUUAUAUCGAUUUGUUUCUGUAGAUUUACAUGCUGUCCAUCGAGGUGGAGAUUUGGAAAAUAGAGCUGAUGUUUCAGAAGCAUCCCAAAAAGAAUCAAUGAAAUUUGGGUUUCUAGACAACAUAAGGAAUACAAAGUUGAAGCACAAUCAAGCACUAGAGCUACUCAGUUUCUUGAUUACGGAAGCUCUGAAUGCAAGACCCUCAGAAACUCGCAUGCUACUGAAAAAUCCACUAUUCACUGCUGCUACGUUGGGGAUCUAUGAAGUGGUUGUAGAAAUUAUCAAGGCCUACCCAGAGUCAGUUUGGUUUGUUGACAAUGCUUAUAGAAGGAACAUUUUUCAUUUGGCAAUAAUUCACCGCCAGAAGUUUAUCUUCUCCAUCCUAAAAGGACCGAGUCCGCAAAAUAAGCAUCUUGUGACCUCAUCAACAGACCAUGAAGGGGAUAACGUGUUGCAUCUAGCUGCGAGGCUGGGGCCACUGGAUGAGAUUCCUGGCGCUGCUCUGCAAAUGCAUUCUGAUAUGCAGUGGUUUAAGGAAGUGGAAACGAUUGUCGAACCUUUCUACCGAGAAAUGAGAAACCGUAAUGGCAUGACUCCGGGAGAAAUAUUUCGCCAGGAGCACAAGAAUCUUGCCCGUGAAGCUGAGCAAUGGAUGAAAACGAUAGCUUCAUCAUGCAUGGUGGUACCAACCCUUGUUGUCACAGUUACUUUCGCGGCUGCUUUUACCGUGCCAGGGGGCAACACUCAGGAUACAGGGAUUCCAAUCUAUUUGAAAGAAACGUCAUUUAUGAUUUUUGCAGUAUCGGACGCUCUUGCAUUCUUCUCUACGUCAGCUUCAUUGCUAAUGUUUAUAUGCAUAUUCAACUUAGAUUAUUCAGAAGAAAUCACUGUCAGAACUUUAAAAUUGCUCAUCCUUGGUUUUAUCACUUUGUUCUUUUCAAUAGUAACCAUGUUUGCAGCCUUUGGUGCUUCCCUUUACAUAGUUCUUUCUCACAGAGUGGAAUGGGUUGCAGCUCCUAUUGGCCUACUAGCCUGUGUACCAGUGGCCUUAUUUGCAUAUUUCCAGUUUCCUCAGUGGUACAGCGUAGCCUAUUCAGCAUUUAAACCUAGCAUUAUCGCUCCACAAACUGAAGAAAUCAUCUUUUAGUCUCAGAAAUUUCCCCUAUGAUUCAUGUUUUUAUCUUGAAUUUCCUUUCUUUUGAAAUUUAUGCAGCAUUGUUGGCUUUGUAUUUUUGUGGGAUUUUCGGGAUGUUUGUAUUUUGGUUGUAUUAUCUUCUAUAUGAUAAAUAAUAACUAGUUUUACAGUGAAGGGAAUUUUGAAUUCUGAAUUUUUUUUUCAUCAGAGCUGCAUUCAUAUUUGAUAUGUCUUCUUCCUGUUUGCAUUUAUGAAGAUUUGAUUUUAACAGGUUUUAACCAAGCACUCUGUUUGUACACAGCAAAAAUGUCACAACCAUCAC